AUGGUCGACAAACCCAAAAACUUAAACACGCCAGAAAACGAUUUUGAAUUUAAGAGGAAAUUCGACGAGUUGGUCAAUAACAAAGAACCAUUAAUUGUUGUCAAGUUCUUUGCUCAAUGGUGCUACCACUGCGAACUGAUCAAUGAACCAUUCAAAGAGAUCGUCAGCGCACAUGCGAACGUUCAAUUCAUUAAUGUCGACAUCGACGUCUGCCAGAAUACGAGCGAGUUGCAUAAAAUCACCUGCGUGCCAUCCUUCGUGUUCUUCGUGGAGGGCACAAAAGUUCUGGGGUACUGUGGCUCUAGCGCUGAACUUUUCGAAGAACAUCUGACGAGCUUUUUGACAAAGAAAAAAAAUUUGCCUAUUGGGGCACCAACAACAUCCCAACCAUCCAAUCCUCCUUCAACUUUGUCUCCAAAACGAUUAACUCAAAACCAGUUAGGAGCUCGUGUGACAGAUGAUCUGAUUGCAGUUGAAAAGUGCAGAGUUCUUAACAUGGCUCCAAAAUACGAGCUCUCCAACGUUAUCAAGAUGGGAAUGAAGGGCUACAUUGAGUCGCACGUGGGCUCGCAGAUGUUGAUUACUGUCAUGUUCGUCAAUAAAAUCAACCUUGGAUCAUUCUCCGUUAGUGCACCUGAAGAUUGCGGUCCGAAGCUUAUAACCCUAUACUACAACAGCAAGUCUAACCCAAACUUCAAAGACAUCCUGAACUACAGACAUGAUGAAUGCUUCGAGUAUGUAUUCAAAAAUACUCAUACUUUCAAUUUCAACAUCAUUGAACUGGCAAAGAAGAUUUUGACAGCUGAAGACUUGAGGAGGAAGGCACGAAUUUAUUUCACCGACUGCAGGUCGGAUAAUGUCCAAAAAAUCAUCAUAUACGUUCAGAACAAUCAGAAGAACACAAACAAAACACGCAUUGAUGCAUUGUCAUUCUUCAUGUACAAGCCAGACAAGGCUAGGAGGAGAAUUUAA